UGUGCGGCAGGGGCCGGCACAUUGGAGCUGCCGAGCCAGCACCGCCAGCCCAGCACAGCACAGCCCAGCCAAACCCAGCCCAGCCAUGCCGCUGCUGCCCCUGGCCCUGCUGGCCGCGCUGCUGGUCGCCGGCCGCGCUGCCAACCCUUGCUGCUCGAACCCCUGCCAGAACAGAGGUGUCUGCAUGACCACAGGGCCGGAUAGCUAUGAGUGCGACUGCACUAGGACAGGCUUCUACGGGCAGAACUGCGCCACACCGGAAUUUUUCACGUGGCUGAAGCUAACAUUGAAACCAUCACCAAACACUGUCCACUACAUCCUCACCCACUUCGAAGGAGUCUGGAAUAUCAUCAACAACAUUCCCUUCUUAAGGGACACUAUUAUGAGAUAUGUACUAACGUCAAGAUCACAUUUGAUUGACAGCCCACCAACUUACAAUAGUGACUACAAUUACAAAACCUGGGAAGCUUAUUCCAAUCUUUCCUACUACACAAGAAGCCUUCCACCAGUAGGACUUGACUGCCCAACACCAAUGGGUGUUAAAGGGAAGAAAGAGCUCCCAGAUUCAAAGCUGAUCGUGGAGAAGUUUUUGCUGAGGAGAAAGUUUAUUCCUGACCCACAAGGCACAAACGUGAUGUUCACCUUCUUUGCCCAGCACUUCACCCAUCAGUUCUUCAAGACGGACCAGAAGCGGGGCCCUGCCUUCACCAGAGCGCUUGGCCACGGGGUUGACUUGAACCACAUUUAUGGAGAGACUCUGGAGAGACAACUUAAACUGAGGCUUCGAAAGGAUGGAAAGCUAAAAUACCAGAUGAUCGAUGGAGAAAUGUACCCUCCGACGGUGCGGGACACGCAGGCAGAGAUGCUGUACCCGCCCCAUGUGCCCGAGCACCUGCGCUUCUCCGUGGGCCAGGAGGUGUUCGGCCUGGUGCCGGGGCUCAUGAUGUACGCCACGAUCUGGCUGCGCGAGCACAACCGCGUCUGCGACGUGCUCAAGCACCAGCACCCCGAGUGGGACGACGAGCAGCUCUUCCAGACCGCCCGGCUCAUUCUCAUCGGAGAGACAAUCAAGAUCGUUAUAGAGGACUAUGUGCAGCACCUGAGUGGGUACCACUUCAAGCUGAAGUUUGACCCUGAGCUGCUGUUCAACCAGAAGUUCCAGUACCAGAACCGCAUCGCAGCCGAGUUCAACACCCUGUACCACUGGCACCCGCUGCUGCCCGACACCUUCCAGAUCCACGACCAGGAGUACACCUUCCAGCAGUUCCUCUACAAUAACUCCAUCAUGCUGGAGCAUGGACUCUCCCAUAUGGUCAAAUCUUUCUCCAAGCAAAGUGCUGGCAGGGUUGCUGGUGGGAAGAAUGUUCCUGCUGCAGUGCAGAAAGUAGCAAAGGCCUCCAUUGACCAAAGCAGGCAGAUGAGGUACCAGUCCUUGAACGAGUACAGGAAACGCUUCAUGUUGAAACCAUUCCGAUCCUUCGAAGAGCUUACAGGAGAAAAAGAGAUGGCAGCGGAGCUGGAGGAGCUGUACGGGGACAUUGAUGCCAUGGAGCUGUACCCAGGCCUGCUGGUGGAGAAGCCCCGGCCCGGGGCCAUCUUUGGCGAGACCAUGGUGGAGAUGGGGGCCCCGUUCUCCCUGAAGGGCCUGAUGGGCAACGCCAUCUGCUCCCCCGAGUACUGGAAGCCCAGCACCUUCGGGGGCAAGAGAGGAAAUAUAGAAGAUGAUCCUCCCAAUAAAGCAGCUGGGGAACUAUAGGGAAAAAGAAAAUGUCACUUCAGACUGGAAUAGAGCAGCAACCGGGUAUUCUGUGCCCCUGCCCAAAAUUACUUGACUACUUGUGGAAAAGGACUUGAGUUUUCUAUUUCAUCUGAACUCUUAAGCACUUGUAGAGGCUUGUGCAUUGUACCAGCUCUGGCAGCAGUGUAGUUUGUCUGUGGCUUCUGUUUUCCAUGGAUUUGUGUAGAGGCAGCCAUGCCUCGUGCUGGGUAGGGCUGUAGUUGUGGCCAUGAACAGCAGAACCGAGUUCUCCUGCAGCCGUCGAUACCAGUGACUCAUCUGGAGUGGUCCUUGGUAUGGAUGCUGUGGGAGCAGGACGGGCAUUUGUUUUCCUUUCUGUGUUGGAAGCACGAAGAAGGGAAAACCUUCUCUCCCCUUGUAUCCAAAGGUGGUCAGUACUGUACGUGCUAACAAGUGAACACUGCUUGGACAUUUGUUCCUCAUGCAAAUUGUCCAUCAGACCCAGCUCUGGGCACCCUUCUGCCAUCAACCCAGGAGCAGGGUUUGGCAGAGUCAAAGGGAGACAAGUCUGGACAGAUUGAGUUAUUUUGGGGUAGGCACAGAGGAAUUCCUCAGACCAUCUCACUUGAGUUAAGUUACAGGCUGCUUCAGCAAGGAUUCCUGUGCACUCUGUGUUCUGUACUCUGCAGCCGCUAAAUGUGGAUGUUUGAGAUUAUUUAUUUAAAAUUCUGUGAA